AUGAAUUCCAUCGAUGCCUCUGAGCAUUAUGAGCUAGGAGCGACAGAGCUUUCUCCGUCUCUUCUCACUGUCAUCAUCGAUACGAACCCACACGCCUGGGCGGCCCUCGAAGACUCUCUCCCACUCGCAAAAGCCGUCGCAAAUAUUCUCGUUUUCAUCAAUGCGCACCUUGCGUGCAACUAUGCAAACGAGGUUGCCGUUGUCGCCUCCCACAGCCAGAAAGCAGCAUGGUUAUACCCAGUCCACAAUGACGCGACGUCACAGGAGUCAUCAGAUCGCGAUGGGGACGUCUCGAUGAACGGAGAUGGAGGAGCGGCAUCUCAGACGAACAAAUACCGCCCAUUCCGCAUGGUGGAGGAGCAAGUGACGCGGAAAUUGAAGGAACUCAUGGAUUCUACACACAGCGCGGACCUCCGCGGUAACACUUCAAUGCUUGCAGGUGCUCUGACUCUAGCACUGAGUAAUAUCAACCGGCGCACCAUCGCGUGGGCGGAGGAGCACGGCGGUGCGAGUCUGGAUGACGCCGCAGCUGAAGGCACAGGGGCAACAGGGACCGGGCCCAGUCGAUACUCUGCAUCGGACGAGGAUGAGCGCCUUCAAAGUCGGAUCCUGAUCGUCUCGGUCAGCGGGUCCAGCAACUCGGCCCAUCAGUACAUACCCGUCAUGAACAGCAUAUUUGCUUGCCAGCGACUGCACAUCCCCAUCGAUGUGUGUAAGCUCAGUGGUGAUGCGGUCUUCUUGCAGCAGGCCUGCGACGCCACCAAGGGCGUGUACAUGGCUCUCUCUGAGCCGCGCGGGCUGCUGCAGUAUCUGAUGAUGGCAUUCUUGCCAGAUCAGCGUUCACGGAGGCACCUAGUGCUUCCUACGCGAAUAGAUGUGGAUUUCCGGGCGGCUUGCUUCUGCCAUCGGCGUGUUGUGGAUAUUGGCUACGUCUGCUCUAUCUGCUUGAGUAUUUUCUGCGAGCCACCUCCCGGGAACGAGUGCUUGACUUGUGGAACUCCUCUAGACGUGGGCAACUACGGCUCCAGGCCGGCUCUCAUCCAGAGAAAGAAGAAAAAGAAGAAGCGAGCCAAUGGGGCUUCGGCGGUUGGGACACCAAUGUCAAGAGGGACGCCGACUCCUGGCCCAUGA